AUGCCUUGGUAUAAUAAUGAGAUUGAUGAUGCAAGGAAAAAGCGUAGAAAAGCUGAAAGGAAAUGGCGGAAAUCACGUCGAGCAGAAGAUCUUGUAAUGUUCAAAAGAUUAAAGAAUUAUGUUACCCAUCUUAUAAAUAAAGCUAGACGGGAUUUUUAUACCGAAUUUGUGAACGAAAAUAGUAGCAACCUAUUUAGAGCAGCCAAUAAACUACUUGCAUUAAAAGAAUAA